AUGGGAGGCGAGAUAUAUGGAAAGUCAUACAUUUUUAUUUUAGCUGCCCUUGAAUAUGUGACUAGUGCAUCACGACGAUCGCUUUGCAAGCUGCUGGCUGUCAACGAGACUACGGCCACCGGGUUACGAAGCAAAGAGACAUUAGUCAGAGUGUCCUCUUUGCCUGGGAGCGUUGAGAUCCUAGUCGCUUUCUCGAUGGAGACUUUGUUAGCAUCCAACCUGUCCAUGACCGGCAACUGGAUGUCCAUAACACAGGGUGAAGACCGCCCCGUCGCCACGCACUGCCUCUUCGCCGUCCGCCGCACACUUCUAACGCACGUUCGGCUGUUUCAUAAAUGCUUCCAGCAGGUUCUGGUUGAUAAUGUUGUCUUCCAGAAUGAGGACGUUGACUUUCGGCACAGUGCCGUCAAUAAUCAACCCGCCAAGCGCUGCACCUGGCGCUCCGGCAAGACCUUUACUGUUUUGAACUUCUGA